AUGCCUGCUGAUGCUGGCCCCUCGGUGCCGUCGCAGGCGAAGCAAGAACAGCCUGGUGCCGGUUUCAUCUGCACCCCGGACCAGCUGUACAUGCAUGUCGUCGGAUCAUACCCGAGCCAAGAGGCAUUUGGAUACCCCGGCGAUCAUGACUCGCACGGUCAAUCACCCAUCGCUCGUUCACGAGCAGACGACAACGAGGACGCCGCUGGUGCUUCUGCACGUGCAAAGAAGCGCCGCAAGACGCAGAGGCGUGCAAAAGUGUCUGAGAUCUGGUUCCCCAAGGCGGAGAUGGCUUUCUGCACCAGUGUCGCUUGCAUUCCUCCCAACGGUCGAACGAAAAUCAAGUUCUUUGGACGUCCCCUCGGCCGCAACGAGCUCAUCGCGGCCAUCUGUACUCUUGCGACGCGACGACUAUACAACAGAAAACAAAUAUCCAGUCACUCCCAGGUUCUGAAGGACAAGGUUCCGCCAGUUUUCAAGGAAAUCUUUACGUUUGAGGACAAGUCUAGAGUGGGGGAAGAGCCUGGCGAGACAUCGACCGCCAAUGUCAUCGAGAAUUAUUCCUUCCCCGAGGUCAUCUACAACAUCAUCGGUUACCGCGUCGGAACCGACCUAGCGAACAGCCCCAAACCACCCUGGCUUCUCGACCUCGAGGCAGGAGUAACGGACGCGCCGACCUCGAUGACGGAAGCGGGCGGUCCUCGUGGAGCAGGCGCCUACUCCUAUUGGAACAGCCCGUCUGAUUACACCUCAUGGACGUACGACCGGGGGGGCGGCGGUAGCAGUCAUCGUAAGGAUCCCUACUACUACGGUCAACACGGAGGCGCGAGUAGACAACAGGGCCCUUACGGAAACCAGCUGCACACGCUACCGCCCUUGUCGCUUCCGCGUGACAUGGACGCCCAGAGCCCAGUCACGACCUCCCCAUCGACCAUUGGAGAUCCAUUGAGCGGUGGACGGUAUCCGUACGGCAGCAUGGGUAGCCGAAGUCAAUAUGGGGAUGUCGGCAGGUCGCCUCCGACGUCCACCUCUCCAUAUGACUCGCAGUCAGGUGCGUCUCCAUUUUAUCCACCCCACCCGGGAAUUGAGCCAUCCGGGCCCGUAACAUCUGCCGCAGCAGGUGGCCAGAACGGGCACAUCACUCUUCCUCCUCUUCCAGACAACCCUCCGUCCCAGUAUUCUGACUGGAAAGAUCGUUCUGUCUACCCGGAAACGUCCAAGUACGCCCCAGCGUCGUAUGGGUCGCAGUCGUCUCGCAGUGGGCUGCCUCCACUGUCCAACUUGCCCUCCCUCGGGAGCGUCGCUAGCCAGACAAGCGGUUAUGGUCUCCCGCUUUCGUCGACUUCCCAACCCUGGGGAUCGUCGUACGGGUCAAACUGGUCUGACCAGCGCUCCCUGCCCACGUUCCAGCCCACCGCCUUUGAGGCUCGCGGCAGAGCAUACGACGGCUCUCAGGUUCCCCUGACCAUCAACGGUCCCCUCGCAAUGGGCGAGCCCAUGGCUUGGCACUCGAUCUACAUGUGGCGCGAGCGCUACCCUUUCCUGGAACAGAUCGCGGCGACGCCGGGUCUCUCAGUGUUCCACAUCGACGUUUACUUUUCCCUGCCCGCCGAUUGGGGAAUGCAGAUGUCGGAAAUGUCGGUCGACUUAUCGCUCAGACCCCCCGGAAACGAGACGACGGGAUGGUCGCUGGUCACCGAUUCUUCCUUCCUGCACCCAUCGGGUCAUGUGCGCUAUCCGCGAACGGCGACCGAGCUGCGCCUCAACAAUUCUGGGGACCUCGUCGGUUCUGCCCCCACAUCGGAAAUGGGUCGUCUGUACAACUAUCUUCUCGCAGACCAGGGACGCGACAUCGAAACCCUGGCGUCUAUCGGCUCGCCAAACAGCGCCAUGGUGCAGGCGGUCAUGCGCGACACAUCGGUGUCGAUCCCGCCUCACCAUGUCGGCUUACCGCCCCUGGGAGCGGACUGGAACCUCGCGUCGACGCUGAUCAUAUACACGUUCUGGUCCCCGGACCCCGAUCCGUCGAGGCAAGGUCUACCGCCCCAGUGUCGUCCAGUUGAGUUUGCCCCGCCCGCACCUCUGCCGCCUGUCGAUAUCGGCUCAGACCCCUUGGUUGCCGGUCUGCUCGCGGGAGAGGACACACAGCCGUCCAAGUUUGACUGGAUGGGCACCGGCUAA